GGGAAGCUAUGCCAGUCACUAAAAAGCCUGGGAGCACAGUGAUUGCUGGUUCUAUAAAUGCACAUGGCUCAGUUCUUGUUAAUGCAACUCAUGUUGGUAACGAUACCACUCUGGCACAAAUUGUGAAACUGGUGGAAGAAGCUCAAAUGUCAAAGGCGCCCAUCCAGCAACUGGCAGAUAAGUUUAGUGGAUAUUUUGUUCCAUUUAUCAUCAUCAUUUCAACAGUGACAUUGAUAGUAUGGAUCACAAUUGGUUUUAUAAAUUUUGAUGUUAUUGAAAAAUAUUUUCCUAAUCAGAACAAACAUGUUUCAAAAGCUGAACUAAUACUGAGGUUUGCAUUUCAAACCUCUAUCACCGUGCUGAGCAUUGCAUGCCCCUGUUCUUUAGGCUUGGCUACCCCCACAGCUGUGAUGGUGGGCACAGGAGUUGCUGCGCAGAAUGGUAUUCUCAUCAAAGGCGGAAAACCCCUGGAAAUGGCACACAAGAUCAAGACUGUGAUGUUUGAUAAAACUGGGACCAUCACCUGUGGAGUUCCUAAAGUCAUGAGGGUGCUUUUGCUGGGAGACACAGCUGUGCUCCCUCUGAAGAAGGUGCUGGUGGUGGUUGGCACUGCAGAAGCCAGUAGCGAGCAUCCUUUAGGAGUGGCAGUCACUAAAUAUUGCAAAGAGGAGCUUGGCACUCAGAGCCUGGGAUACUGCACCGACUUCCAGGCAGUCCCAGGAUGUGGCAUCAGCUGCAAAGUCGGAGGUGUUGAGGCUGUCCUGGGCACAGCCGAGGAGGGUCUUGAUAAGCUGGGCGCUAACAGGAGCGAGGACAGCAGUGCUCCUCUGGCAGAUAACGCGCUGAUCAUGCUGUCGGAAUCGUACGGUCCAUCAGCUUCUCACACAUACUCGGUGCUGAUUGGAAAUCGUGAGUGGAUGCGACGCAAUGGGUUGCAUAUUGCAAAUGACGUAAAUGAUGCAAUGACAGAUCAUGAAACAAAAGGACAGACUGCCAUACUAGUGGCUAUAGAUGGCCUAUUGUGUGGAAUGAUCGCGAUAGCAGACACUGUCAAGCAGGAGGCAGCCCUUGCUGUGCACACACUGAAAAAUAUGGGAAUAGAUGUGGUGCUGAUAACGGGGGACAACAGAAAAACUGCAAAAGCCAUUGCUACUCAGGUUGGGAUCAAAAAAGUCUUUGCUGAGGUUCUUCCUUCUCACAAGGUUGCAAAGGUCCAGGAGCUCCAAAAUGGAAGGAGGAAGGUUGCGAUGGUUGGUGAUGGAGUCAAUGAUUCCCCUGCACUAGCCAGGGCUGAUGUUGGAAUUGCAAUUGGAACGGGCACUGAUGUUGCCAUUGAAGCAGCAGAUGUUGUUCUUAUCCGAAACGACUUGCUGGAUGUAGUUGCCAGUAUUCACUUAUCAAAGAGAACAGUUCGAAGAAUACGAAUAAAUCUGAUUCUUGCCUUAAUUUAUAAUCUGCUUGGAAUACCCAUAGCAGCAGGUGUGUUCAUGCCUGUUGGCCUCGUGCUUCAGCCUUGGAUGGGAUCAGCUGCAAUGGCAGCUUCUUCUGUGUCUGUCGUGCUGUCCUCCCUGCAGCUGAAAUGUUAUAAGAAGCCAGACACAGAAAGUUAUGAAGCACAAGCUCAAGGCCGCAUGAAGCCACUUACUCCUUCCCAAAUCAGUGUUCAUAUUGGAAUGGAUGACAGGAGGAGGGAUCCAUCCAGUCCAGCUCCUUGGGAUCAGAUUAGCCAAGUGUCUCUCUCUUCCUUGACUUCAGAGAAGCUGCCGAGACGUAAUGGUUUUGUUGAGGAGGAAGGGGACAAGUGGUCAUUGCUCAUGAAUGGAGGAGAUGAAGAGCAGUACUUCUGAAGCACUGUAUUCUUAGUAUAGGAGGAAAGGUUCUUCCUCACCAGUGAUGGGAGGGACCGACUUAUGUCAUCAAGAGCUUCAAGGUUUUAAGUGAAGUUAUUCCUUCAGCUCACAAAACAAUUGCAACUCAGCUCGAUGUUGGGUUGUAUGGAUUGUGGAUUUUUUUCAGGUCACCAGUUAUUUCUAGUCACUGAAAGGAUUUGUGGCUCUGUAAUGAACUGACUCCUUUGCACACAACAGCUAGUGAAAUAACGUAAAAAUGUAGUUUUCAGAGUCU